GCGGCGGCGGGGGCGGCGGCGGGCGGCCAGCAGGCGGCCGCGGGCAUGGGCUUGGGCAAGGACAUGGGCGCCCAGUACGCCGCUGCCAGCCCGGCCUGGGCGGCCGCGCAACAAAGGAGCCACCCGGCGAUGAGCCCCGGCACCCCCGGCCCGACCAUGGGCAGAUCCCAGGGCAGCCCAAUGGAUCCUAUGGUGAUGAAGAGGCCGCAGUUAUAUGGGAUGGGCAGUAACCCUCAUUCUCAGCCUCAGCAGAGCAGCCCUUACCCUGGAGGCUCCUACGGUCCCCCAGGGCCACAGCGCUAUCCAAUCAGCAUCCAGGGUCGGACCCCAGGGGCCAUGGGAGGAAUGCAGUACCCACAGCAGCAGAUGCCGCCUCAGUAUGGACAGCAAGGCGUGAGUGGUUACUGCCAGCAGGGCCAGCAGCCUUACUACAACCAGCAGCCGCAGCCCCCGCACCUCACCCCGCAGGCGCAGUAUCUGCCGCCCCAGCCCCAGCAGCGGUACCAGCCCCAGCAGGACAUGUCUCAGGAAGGCUAUGGAACUAGGUCUCAACCUCCUUUGGCUCCUGGAAAACCUAACCACGAAGACUUGAACUUAAUACAACAAGAAAGACCAUCAAGUUUACCAGUUGAAGUCUUGACCUCGGAGGAUACCGCCUUUGGACUCAAGGACCUGUCUGGCUCCAUUGAUGACCUCCCCACGGGAACGGAAGCCACUCUGAGCUCAGCAGUCAGUGCGUCUGGAUCCACGAGCAGCCAAGGGGAUCAGAGCAACCCUGCUCAGUCGCCUUUCUCUCCACACGCAUCCCCCCAUCUCUCCAGCAUCCCCGGGGGCCCGUCGCCUUCUCCUGUCGGCUCUCCUGUGGGAAGCAACCAGUCACGAUCUGGCCCAAUUUCUCCCGCAAGUAUUCCAGGCAGUCAGAUGCCUCCUCAGCCACCUGGGAGCCAGUCAGAAUCCAGUUCCCAUCCUGCCUUGAGCCAGUCACCAAUGCCACAGGAAAGAGGUUUUAUGGCAGGCACACAAAGAAACCCUCAGAUGUCUCAAUAUGGACCUCAACAGACAGGACCAUCCAUGUCGCCUCAUCCUUCUCCUGGAGGCCAGAUGCAUCCUGGAAUCAGUAGCUUUCAGCAGAGUAACUCAAGUGGGACUUAUGGUCCGCAGAUGAGCCAGUAUGGACCACAAGGUAACUACUCCAGACCCCCAACGUAUAGUGGGGUGCCCAGUGCGAGCUACAGCGGCCCAGGGCCCGGCAUGGGCAUCAAUGCCAACAACCAGAUGCACGGACAAGGGCCAAGCCAGCCGUGUGGUGCUAUGCCCCUGGGACGAAUGCCAUCAGCUGGGAUGCAGAACAGGCCGUUUCCUGGAAAUAUGAGCAGCAUGACCCCCAGCUCUCCCGGCAUGUCCCAGCAGGGAGGGCCAGGAAUGGGGCCACCGAUGCCAACCGUGAACCGUAAGGCACAGGAGGCAGCUGCCGCAGUGAUGCAGGCCGCUGCAAACUCGGCACAAAGCAGGCCACCAUACAUUAGGUCGCCUGCUUAUCCCAGCCAGUCUGGGGCUGGCGGACGCCCCAUGUUUUCUUCCCAGCACCCCAACUAUGGCAACUCUCAGGCUCCCAUGAUGCACCAGCCUGACCAGUACGGGCAAGGCAGUUUCCCGGGCAUGAACCAGAGUGGACUUAUGGCUUCCAGCUCUCCCUACAGCCAGCCCGUCAACAACAGCUCUGGGCUCAUGAACACCCAGGCACCCCCCUACAGCAUGGCGCCCAAUAUGGUGAACAGCUCAACAGCAUCUAUGGGUCUUGCAGAUAUGAUGUCUCCUGGCGAAUCCAAAUUGCCCCUGCCUCUCAAAGCAGACGGUAAAGAAGAAGGCACUCCACAGCCCGAGAGCAAGUCGAAGGAUAGCUACAGCUCUCAGGGUAUAUCUCAGCCCCCAACCCCCGGCAACCUGCCAGUCCCUUCCCCAAUGUCCCCCAGCUCUGCUAGCAUCUCCUCAUUUCAUGGAGAUGAAAGUGAUAGCAUUAGCAGCCCAGGCUGGCCAAAGACUCCAUCAAGCCCUAAGUCCAGCUCAUCCACCACCACUGGGGAAAAGAUCACAAAGGUGUAUGAGUUGGGGAACGAGCCGGAGAGAAAGCUGUGGGUCGACCGAUACCUUACCUUCAUGGAAGAGAGAGGCUCCCCCGUCUCCAGUCUGCCCGCGGUGGGCAAGAAGCCCUUGGACCUGUUCCGGCUCUACAUCUGCGUCAAAGAGAUCGGAGGUUUGGCACAGGUUAAUAAAAACAAGAAGUGGCGUGAGCUGGCAACCAACCUAAAUGUUGGCACUUCAAGCAGUGCAGCGAGCUCCCUGAAAAAGCAGUAUAUCCAGUACCUGUUUGCCUUUGAGUGCAAGAUUGAGCGCGGGGAGGAGCCCCCGCCGGAAGUCUUCAGCACCGCGGACACCAAGAAGCAGCCGAAGCUCCAGCCGCCCUCUCCUGCGAACUCAGGGUCCUUGCAAGGUCCUCAGACCCCCCAGUCAACCAGCAGCAAUUCGAUGGCAGACGUACAAGGCGACCUGAAGCCACCUACCCCGGCGUCUACCCCGCAUGGACAGAUGACCCCAAUGCAAGGUGGAAGAAGCGGUACAGUCAGCGUGCACGACCCAUUCUCAGACGCCAGUGACUCAUCGUUCCCAAAACGGAACUCCAUGACCCCGAGCGCCCCGUACCAGCAGAGCAUGAGCAUGCCUGACGUGAUGGGCAGGAUGCCCUAUGAACCCAACAAGGACCCCUUCGGUGGAAUGAGAAAAGUGCCUGGGAGCAGUGAGCCCUUUAUGACUCAAGGACAGAUGCCCACUAGCAGUGUGCAGGACGUGUAUAACCAGAGUCCCUCUGGAGCGCUAUCCGGUCUGGGCAUGGGGCGGCAGCAGUUUCCCUACGGAGCCGGCUACGACCGAAGGCACGAACCUUACGGGCAGCAGUACCCAGGCCAAGGCCCUCCCUCAGGACAGCCGCCAUAUGGAGGACACCAGCCCGGCCUGUAUCCACAGCAGCCGAAUUACAAACGCCAUAUGGACGGCAUGUAUGGGCCUCCGGCCAAACGCCACGAGGGAGACAUGUACAACAUGCAGUUCGGCAGCCAGCAGCAAGAGAUGUAUAACCAGUACGGAAGUUCCUACUCCGGACCGGACAGGAGGCCCAUCCAGGGGCAGUACCCGUACCCCUACAACAGAGAGAGGGUGCAGGGCCCCGGGCAGAUGCAGCCGCACGGGAUCCCGCCUCCCAUGAUGGGCGGCCCCAUGCAGUCGUCCUCCAGCGAAGGGCCUCAGCAGAGCAUGUGGGCGACGCGCAAUGAUAUGCCUUACCCCUACCAGAACCGGCAGGGCCCCGGGGGCCCGGCCCAGGCCCCCCCGUAUCCAGGCAUGAACCGCACGGAUGAUAUGCUGGUACCCGAGCAAAGGAUCAAUCACGAGAGCCAGUGGCCUUCCCACGUCAGCCAACGUCAGCCUUAUAUGUCCUCUCCCGCCUCCAUGCAGCCCAUCACGCGCCCGCCUCAGUCAUCCUACCAGACGCCUCCAUCACUGCCAAACCAUAUCUCCAGAGCCCCCAGCCCCGCGUCCUUCCAGCGCUCCCUGGAGAGCCGCAUGUCUCCCAGCAAGUCUCCCUUUCUGCCCUCUCUGAAGAUGCAGAAGGUCCUGCCCACCGUCCCCACGGCCCAGGUCACGGGCCCGCCCCCCCAGCCACCCCCAAUCCGAAGGGAGAUCACCUUCCCUCCUGGCUCAGUCGAGGCAUCGCAGCCAGUCUUGAAACAAAGGCGAAAGAUUACCUCAAAAGAUAUCGUUACUCCUGAGGCCUGGCGUGUGAUGAUGUCCCUCAAGUCCGGUCUUUUGGCUGAAAGUACAUGGGCUCUGGACACCAUUAACAUUCUCCUGUACGAUGACAGCACUGUCGCCACCUUCAGUCUCUCCCAGCUGUCCGGAUUUCUGGAACUUUUAGUAGAGUACUUUAGAAAAUGCCUAAUUGACAUUUUUGGAAUUCUUACGGAAUAUGAGGUGGGAGACCCCAGCCAAAAAGCACUUGAUCACAAUGCGGGGAAGAGAGCUGACGGCCAGUCCUUGGCCGACGAGUCUGGGAAAGAGGAGGAGGGCACCGAGUGUGUGGACGAGGAGGAUGACGAGGAGGACGACGAGGAGGACGACGAGGAGGAGGACGACGGGAAGACGGAGACCGAGGAGAAGAGCAGCGCGACUCUGGCCUCUCCCAACGCCACUGCGGAUCCGAAGGAGAAGCCCAGGCAAGCUAGCAAGUUCGACAAGCUCCCGAUAAAGAUAGUCAAAAAGAACAACCUGUUUGUGGUCGACCGAUCUGACAAGCUGGGUCGUGUUCAGGAGUUCAACAGCGGACUUCUGCACUGGCAGCUUGGUGGGGGGGACACCACCGAGCACAUCCAGACUCACUUUGAGAGCAAGAUGGAAAUUCCUCCUCGCAGGCGUCCACCUCCCCCUCUGAGCUCAACCGGGAGGAAGAAAGAGCAGGAAGGAAAAGGCGAUUCUGACGAGCAGCAAGAGAAGAGCAUCAUCGCAACCAUCGAUGACGUCCUCUGUGCUCGGCCGGGGGCGCUGCCCGAAGAUGCAAACCCUGGUACCCAGACCGAGAGCGGGAAGUUUCCCUUUGGGAUACAUCAAGCCAAAAGUCACCGGAACAUCAAGCUGCUGGAGGACGAGCCCAGGAGCCGAGACGAGACUCCUCUCUGCACCAUCGCGCACUGGCAGGAUUCCCUGGCCAAGCGCUGCAUCUGUGUGUCGAAUAUUGUCCGUAGCUUGUCUUUUGUGCCUGGCAAUGACGCCGAAAUGUCCAAACAUCCAGGCUUGGUGCUGAUCCUGGGGAAGCUGAUUCUCCUUCACCACGAGCAUCCAGAGAGGAAGCGAGCGCCGCAGACCUACGAGAAAGAGGAAGACGAGGACAAAGGGGUGGCCUGCAGCAAAGACGAGUGGUGGUGGGACUGCCUGGAGGUCCUAAGGGACAACACGCUGGUCACGUUGGCCAACAUUUCCGGGCAACUAGACUUGUCUGCGUACACAGAAAGCAUCUGCCUGCCGAUUCUGGACGGCUUGCUGCACUGGAUGGUGUGCCCGUCGGCAGAGGCACAAGACCCCUUUCCAACCGUGGGACCCAACUCUGUCCUGUCGCCUCAGAGACUUGUGCUGGAGACCCUCUGCAAACUCAGUAUCCAGGACAACAACGUGGACCUGAUCUUGGCCACGCCUCCAUUUAGUCGCCAGGAGAAAUUCUACGCUACGUUAGUUAGGUACGUUGGGGAUCGCAAAAACCCAGUCUGUCGAGAAAUGUCCAUGGCGCUCUUAUCGAACCUUGCCCAAGGGGACGCGCUGGCAGCAAGGGCAAUAGCUGUGCAGAAGGGAAGCAUCGGAAACUUGAUAAGCUUCCUAGAGGACGGGGUCACCAUGGCCCAGUAUCAGCAGAGCCAGCAUAACCUCAUGCACAUGCAGCCGCCGCCUCUAGAACCACCGAGCGUGGACAUGAUGUGCAGGGCGGCCAAGGCUCUGCUGGCCAUGGCCAGGGUGGACGAGAACCGCUCGGAAUUCCUUCUGCACGAGGGUCGAUUGCUGGAUAUCUCGAUAUCAGCCGUCCUGAACUCUCUGGUUGCGUCUGUCAUCUGUGAUGUACUGUUUCAGAUUGGGCAGUUAUGACAUCAGUGAGAAGGCAGCAUGUGUGAGUGAAAACUAGAGGCUCCCGUAUAACUGGCUGUUUUCUGUUCUUGUUUAUCCAGCGUAGGAAGAAGGAAAAGAAAAUCUUUGCUCCUCUGCCCCAUUCACUAUUUACCAAUUGGGAAUUAAAGAAAUAAUUAAUUCGAACAGUUAUGAAAUUAAUAUUUGCUGUCUGUGUGUAUAAGUACAUCCUUUUGGGGUUUUUUAUUUUGUUUUUGUUUUUUUUUUUUUUUUUUAACCAAAGUUGCUGUCUAGUGCAUUCAAAGGUCACUUGUUGUUUUUCACAGAUUUUCUUUUUAAUGUUCUUUUCCAUGUCGUGUUGCAUUUUUGGGGAAGCAAAUUGACUUCAAUGAAACAAAUUGCGGCGAAAGAUGCUAAGAUGGGAAAAUUUCACCACACUGAGGCAAAAAAGGUGAAAAAGUGAUCAACUUCCUAGGCAUGUCAUUCUUCAGAUAAUGAAAAAAACAAAACAAAACAAAACUGUAUCCCAUCACCCAAAGCUCUGUGCAAUAGAAACUACUUCUAGAGAUGUAGGAACAGGGGCUCAAGGAGGUGUGUCAGUCAGUAGUCAGACGAUGAAAUGAUACUGGUUUCUCCACAGGAAAAUGGUUCCAUUAGGCUACGCGCAAAAACAAUGUCGUUUGAAGUUAAGAGUGAAAACACAUACCUGACAGCGAUCAACGGAAAUUGCUUCCUCACCACUACCGUCAGUCGUGUCUGCCGUCUGUCGUUGGACCUUCCACGUCCAACGUUCUUCACAAUUCCUUUAAUCAUUUUUUAAAUAUUUUUUUUUUUUACUGCCUAUGGGCUGUGAUGUAUAUAGAAGUUGUACAUUAAACACACCCUCAUUUUUUCUUUUCUCUUUUCUUUUUUUCUGGUUUUUUUUUUUUUUUUUAGUACAAAGUUUUUAGUUUCUUUUUCAUGAUGUGGUAACUACGAAGCGAUGGUAGAGUUAAAUAAUUUUUUAUUUUUAUUUUAUAUAUUUUUUCAUUAGGGCCAUAUCUCCAAAAAAAGAAAAAAAAGAAAAAAUACAAAAAACAAAAACAAAAAAAAAACAAACAAAAAAAAGAGGGUAAUGUACAAGUUUCUGUA